GCCUGGGCUCCGGGACGUCGCGAGGGCGGCGCAGUGGCCAUUUGGUUUGGCAAGAAGCGCUUCGGGAGGGUGCACGCGAGGGAGCGAACGAGAAGGCAGGCGGCAGGCUGGGCGUGAGGGUCCGGCUGGCUGGAAGGGAGCCUCCCCCUGACCCUCCUCCUUCUCCUCCUCCACCACCACAGCAGCCUGGGCCUGGGCCGGGCUCGGGCCGAGAGGCGGAGGCUCUCGGGAGAGCCCCCCAAAGUUUGCAGAGCGGCUGUUGCGCUGGCGGCAAUGUGGCUGCUGUGGCUGUUCCUGGGCUCGGCGGGUCUGGAACUAGGGUUGUUUGAUGCCGUGAAGUGCCUGGAGGCACAACUGUGUGCAUAGAGUGCAUCGAGGCACAACUGUAAACAACUUUGCGUUUUCCAAGGAACACAAAGCUUCUUUUGCAUUCUGCCUCCUAGAAAAGAUAUGAAGCAGUGAUGAAAAGAAAAAUGAACCCAUUGUUUGCUACGGGGUGUUUUUACCAAAAACCAGAAGUAAAUGCUGAUUUCCAGCAAAACCAUAAAAGCCAACUCUUGCCUUGGAAUAAUUUCACAAAUGAAUGUAAUAUUCCUGGAAAUUUCAUGUGCAGUAAUGGUCGCUGUAUCCCAGGAGCCUGGCAAUGUGAUGGGCUGCCGGACUGCUUUGAUGAAAGUGAUGAGAAGGAAUGCCCAAAAGCAAAAUCUAAAUGUGGGUCCACCUUCUUCCCAUGUUCCAGUGGAAUUCAUUGUAUCAUUGGCCGUUUCCGAUGCAAUGGUUUUGAGGAUUGUCCUGAUGGCAGUGAUGAAGAAAAUUGUACAGCAAAUCCUUUGCUGUGUUCUACUGACCGAUUUCACUGUAGGAACGGCCUGUGCAUUGAUAAAAGCUUUAUGUGUGACAACCAAAAUAACUGCCAGGACAACAGCGAUGAAGAAAGCUGUGGAAACUCUCAUGAAGCUGACAGCAAUCAGAAUUACGUGACAACAGAGCCUCAGCUGAUCUUCUAUCCCAGCGUUACGUAUGCAAUCAUUGGCAGCUCGGCUAUUUUUGUGUUGGUGGUGGCCCUCCUAGCCCUAAUUUUGCACCAUCAACGAAAACGCAACAACCUCAUGACACUUCCCGUACAUCGACUGCAGCAUCCUGUCCUCCUGUCUCGUCUCGUCGUCCUUGAUCAUCCACAUCAGUGCAAUGUCACCUAUAAUGUUAACAAUGGGGUCCAGUAUAUGUCUACCCAGGGCUAUCAUAGACCUCCAGAUUUAGAUUCACCACCAUCUUAUUCAGAAGCUGUGCUAGAUCAAAGCAGACCCCCGUGGUUUGAUCUUCCUCCGCCUCCAUAUUCCUCACAAACAGGAUCCCGGAAUCAUUUAGAUCUUCCUCCAUAUCGUUCUCGAACUGGAAGUGUGGUAAGCACAGAUGCUUCAGAGGCAAGAGGUCCAGAGACUUUGGACAGUCGUCCAUCAAGAAACCUUUUUACUAGCAUGGAGCAUCACAGUACGCUGUGUGAAAUUACAGCCGAGCAAAGUGACUCGCUGAUCAAUUCAGUUCCAGUCUGAAAACUGUAAACAAUUAUUUAUGCACAUUUUUAUGGAUGUGUGCUUGAACUUGUACUGAAAUUAAGAAGUCCCAAAUCAUUUGGCCUUUUUCUACAUGAUGAUCGCAAGUGUUUCUGUGAAAAGAACAAGAGCUAUGUGCAUUGCCAUUAAACAACUUCCCUCAAUCAUUUCAAGGGAGAAUGAGCAAGAAAAGGUGCCAGUGGCCUCAGUCGUGCUAGAUUUAACUACUGAAUUAUGAAGGUUGAAGCAACUGAGAACAGUUCACUUUCACUUCCUCUCUGUUAUAACAUGCUGUUAAAGUGUAUCGGGAAUUUACUAGAAUUCAUGUACUGAAAUCAAACAUACAUGUGUCUCAAGAAAUGCCUGUGUUUCAAAUGAUCUUUAUUGCUUUUUAAAAAUUUCUUAUUUAUGAUUGUAAGAAUGUAUAUAAAAAUAAUAGUAAAUGAGACUUGCUUUAAUGCAAGUAUUGAACUGUAUUGCUGAUGGCAUCUGGAUGUCCACUUCUUUCAAUAGAAAAAUAAAAUUCUGAAGGGUCAUCGGAAA